AUGGCCCCUGUCAAUGGCACGGUCACAGAGGAGUCUUUUAUUUUUGAGCAAGUCUAUAGGAUAGACUUUAAUCCUUUGAACUUUACUAAAAUUGCAGUGCCUGUAUCUAUGUCCCUGUUCUUUAUCUUUAUAAACUCCAUCAUGCUCUUUGCUCUAGGCAGCAAGCCUGUCUUUUAUGAAACUCCACGCUACAUUUUGUUUGGCCACAUGCUUGUUAAUGACACUGUACUUUUGGCAUUCACAACCAUCAUAUAUAUUAUAGUUCUUAUCCCUUUGCCACUCACCAAAGCCGUAUGCACUGUUUUAGUUUUUAUUACUUACUGUACUUUCCGUAACGCUCCUCUGACACUCGCAGUGAUGUCUCUGGAGCGGUAUGUGGCUAUCUGCUUCCCUCUAAGACACAGCAGCAUUGCCACACCAAAAAGGACAAACAUCAUUUUGGGAUUCAUAUGGAUCCUUAGCUCUCUAAACAUUGUUAUAGACAUUAUUUUUACAUUAAUUGUCAAACCUGAUCAUUUCACAAGUUACACUAUAUGCACACAUGAAAAAUUGUAUUUAUCCAAAUGGCAGAUGGAUAAAGCUCAAGGGUUUGAGAUUCUCUAUUUUGUGUCUGUUGCAGUUAUUAUUAUUUUUACUUAUAUAAGCAUUAUGAUCACAGCAAGGUCUGUUACAUCUGAUAAAGAGUCUGCUACAAAAGCCCUCAGGACAGUGCUAUUGCACCUGAUUCAACUUUGCCUGUGUCUCACCUCUUUUCUAUAUGCUACAAUAGAAAGAGCACUGUACAUGAUGUCAGGUAGCAGCACUUCUCUAUUUAUAAUCCUAAGAUAUCUGAAUUAUCUUAUUGUUCUUAUUCUGCCACGCUGCUUGAGUCCUUUGAUCUACGGUCUGAGAGACGAGACUGUGGGGCCUUUAUUCAGAUAUUACCUCUGUUAUCGUUCAAGUAAGGUAAGACCCCGUGUUGAUGUACUUUGA